CCUGUCUCUGUUUUUGCAUUGAGUUCCAAGGAGGGAGAGAGACAGGGACCCUAGGCUUCUUCACCAUGAGUCUUUUCGGCCUUGGUAGCAGAAAUCAGAAGACUUUUCGUCCAAAGAAAAAUGCUCCAUCCGGAAUUAAGGGUGCUCAACUUCAAAAACACAUAGAUGCAACCUUGGGCAGUGGGAACUUGAGAGAAGCCGUAUUACUACCUCCUGGAGAAGAUCUUAAUGAGUGGCUGGCAGUCAACACGGUAGACUUCUUCAACCAAGUGAACAUUCUAUAUGGUACUCUCGCUGAGUUCUGCACCCCAGACAAAUGCUCUACAAUGUCAGCAGGACCAAAAUAUGAAUAUAGAUGGGCUGAUGGAGUUACAAUUAAGAAGCCAAUAGAGGUUUCUGCUCCAAAGUAUGUUGAGUAUUUGAUGGACUGGAUUGAAAUUCAACUAGAUGAUGAAUCAAUUUUCCCACAAACAAUAGGGGCACCUUUUCCACACAAUUUUCAAGAUAUUGUGAAGACAAUUUUUAAAAGAUUGUUCCGAGUAUAUGCUCACAUCUACCACUCACAUUUUCAGAAGAUUGUGAGUUUGAAGGAAGAAGCUCAUUUGAAUACCUGCUUUAAGCAUUUUGUUUUGUUUACCUGGGAAUUCCAGUUGAUUGACAAAGGGGAGCUCGCACCUCUCUCUGACCUUGUGGAUUCCAUUCUUCAGUUAUAACAGUGGUCUUUCAUUUUUACCCUUUCAACUUUCCUGGUACACAGUUUUAUGAGCUUCUAUUUUGCUCAUGAUAUUUUUGAAAAGUGAAGAAGCCUUACUCCCCCUGCCUCCAGUCCCUGUGAUGAUUUCACUGUACUUUCUCAGAAAUCAAGAGAUAAACUUUGUUCCCAAUGGAAUUUCAACUUUCAAGUGAUGGCUGCCAUAGCUGCACUCCUUUUUCUCUCAAUAAUCAAUUUUCCUUUUG